AUGAACGGCAUCGUGGCGGGGCUCGUAGGCAUCACUGGCCCCUGCGGCGUGGUAGAGCCCUACGCGGCGGCCAUCAUCGGCAUCGUCUCCGGGGCCGUCUACUGCGGCUCGUGGCGGCUGCACGAGCGGCUUCGGAUCGACGACCCCGUGCACGCCGGCGCGGUGCACGCGUGGCCCGGCUUCUGGGGCUGCAUCGCGUCGGGCCUCUUCGCGUGGCCCAAGCAGGUGGCCACGCUGGGCUACGUGGGCGGCGGCGGCCUCUUCUACACGGGCCACGGGGGCCAGUUCGGGACCAACGUGCUCGGCACGCUUGUCGUGCUGGCUUGGACGGUGGCCACCUCGUCCAUCGUCUUCGGGUCGCUCCAGGCCGCCAAGCUCCUGCGCGUGACUGCGGAGGAGGAGGAGAUGGGCGUCGACCUCGCCGAGCACCUGCCUCGAGACGGCGUCACGCCUCUCAAGUCCAAGAUGAUGGGCGCCGUGAUGAGGCACCGCGGCAGCGGCAGCGGAGCCUCGUCGCGAGCUUGCGGCGCGAGCGAGACUACCGCAACUUACGCCUGA